AUGGACACCGAGGCCAAGCCCUCUGCCCCACGGCCGCCCCGCUACGAGCGCCACGUGCAGCCCUGCCUGGCCGAGCUGCUGGGCACUGCCCUCUUCAUCUUCACGGGGUGCCUGGCACUGCUGGACCAGCCAGGGGGCACGGGCCGGCUGCAGCCCGCCCUGGCACACGGGCUGGCCCUGGCUGCCACUGUGGCUGUGCUGGGGGACAUCAGCGGCGGCCACUUCAACCCCGCCGUGUCCCUGGCCGUGUGGCUGCUCGGGGGGCUGCACGUCUCCCUGCUCAUCCCCUACUGGCUGUGCCAGCUCUGCGGAGGGGUCAUCGGAGCUGGCCUGGCAAAGGCGGUGGCACCGAGCGAGCGCUUCAGCAACGCCAGCGGCGGAGCCCUGGGCGGCCCCACGGCCCGAGAGCAGCUCCCGGCUGUGCUGGGGGCCGAGAUCGUGCUCAGCUCCUUCCUGCUCCUGGUGGUCUGCAUGGGAGCCAUCAACGGCAGGACCCGCACCCCGCUGGCCCCGCUCUGCACCGGCCUCACCGUCACCGCCGGCAUCCUGGCGGGGGGCGGCGUGUCCGGAGCCUGCAUGAACCCAGCCCGAGCCUUCGGGCCAGCUCUGGUGGCGAACUGCUGGAACUACCACUGGGUCUACUGGGUAGGGCCCAUGCUGGCCGCGCUCCUGGUCGGGGGGCUGGUGAGGUUCCUGCUGGGUGACCAGGCCACCCGCCUGCUCCUGAAGUGA